UGGUGCUAGGACUAGUGGGCGGAGUCCCUGGGGGGGAGACACCGCGCGUCGCCGACUAAUAGGCGGCUGGAGCGUCCAUUUCUACUGGAAGCUGUUGCUAGUGGCCUUAAGACGCUAGCAAGCAAGCACAGCCGCCACAGCCGCGUAGGCAGCGCCAGCGCUCGCAGUAGGCGUGCUAGGGAAUUUAUUUGAUUGCGCUCACGACCAUAUCUCGUUUGCGCGACGAAGCCAUGGCUGCGGCAGAGGAGACAACCCCAGCGGAGCUGCAACGAUUACUAGAAGUCCAAAAGGCAGCCCUGCGGGAGCGCGGCCCGCCGAGCGUCCGGGAGCGCGAGCGCCGCCUCGACGUCAUGGUCCAGCUCCUGCUCGCGAACGAGGAUGAUCUUGUUGCCGCCGUGACGGCGGACUUCGGCGUGCGGCCGCGCGAGGUCACGCGCUUCGCCGACGUGCUCAUGGCGCUCGAGGCCUUCAAGGCCGCGCGGGCCGGCGUCCGGAGCUGGUGCCGGCCGGAGCGGCGGCGCGUCGACUUCCCGUUCAACGUCGUGGGCGCGACGAACUCCGUCGAGUACCAGCCCAAGGGCGUCGUCGGCGUCGUCGCGCCCUGGAACUACCCCAUCAUGCUGCUCCUGACGCCCGUCGCGUCGGCGUUCGCGGCGGGCGACGCCGUGCUCCUCAAGCCGUCGGAGCUCGCGCCGCGGACGGCGCUCCUGAUCGCGCGGCUGGUCAACGGCGCCUACGACGAGUCGAUCGCGCGCGUCGUGCUCGGCGGGCCCGAAACGUCCGCGGCGCUCGCGGCGCUGCCCCUCGACCAUCUCGUGUUUACGGGCUCGACGCGCGUCGGGAAGCUCGUGGCGGCGGCGUGCGCGCGGAACCUGACGCCGACGACGCUGGAAUUGGGCGGCAAGUGCCCCGUCAUCGUCGGGAGGCGGGCGGACGUGACCGCGUGCGCGAAGCGCGUCGUCCACGGCAAGAUUUUGAAUUCCGGGCAGACCUGCCUCGCGCCGGACUAUGUUUUUGUGGAGGAGUCGGUCCGGGACGCUUUUGUGGAGGCGUUCGAGCGGACGAUCGCCGACAUGUUCCCUCAUGGUGUUUUGGGGAGCGGCGACUACGCCUCGAUUAUCUCCGCGGCCCACGGCGACCGGUUACGGGCACUGGUGGCCGAAGCGAAGAGCGCCGGCUGUCGCGUCAUCGAGUGCCGCGGCGGCGCGGCCGACGACGCGCCCUCGGACGCUGCGCGGCGCGUCGCGCCGACGCUGAUUUUAGAUGCGGGCGACACGUUACGCGUGUCCUCCGAGGAGAUCUUCGGGCCGCUGCUCGUGGUCCGGACGUACGCGCGACUCGCGGACGCCUUAUCCUAUAUCGCGGCGCGGCCGAAGCCGCUCGCUUUAUAUUACCUCGGGCCGGACCGGGCCGAGGAGCGGCGCGUCCUCGACGCCGUGGCGUCGGGCGGCGUCACGGUGAACGACACGGUCAUGCACUGCGGCCAGGAAGAUUUGCCCUUCGGCGGCGUCGGCGCGUCGGGCCACGGCCGCACGCGCGGCCGCGACGGCUUCCGCGAGCUGUCGAACGUCCGCGGCGUGCACCGCCAGAUCGGCCACGCGGGGCUCUCGCAGCUCGUGCUCGACGGUUUGUACCCGCCGUACGACCGCGCGGGCAACAUCGUCGACCUCUACCUCUGGCUCAAGAUGCGCGCGCUGCGCACGGCCCGGUGCAGCGUCAUGUGAUG